UCCUUACAGAGUUUGAAGGGAAUUCAAGAGUUAAUACUUGAAAGAAAUGGGUUAUCUGGUCCAGUACCAGAGUACCUCGAGUCAUUUCAUUUCCUAAAGAAAUUGGAUUUGUCAUACAAUCAGUUAUCUGGUGAAAUUCCCGAAGAAAUUGGCCGUUUAUUCGAGCUUCAGUUUUUAGAUUUAUCAGACAAUCAGUUAUCUGGUGAAAUUCCAAGCUCUUUGAAGAACUGUCUUGAUUUAAAAGGACUUUACUUAAGUAGCAACUAUUUUGAAGGGAUAAUUCCUCCAUCCUUCCAGAGUUUGAAGGCAAUUCAAGAGUUAAUACUCGACAGAAAUAACUUAUCUGGUCCAAUUCCAGAUUAUCUCGAGUCGUUUAGUUCGCUAAAGACACUGGAUUUGUCUUGGAAUAACUUUCAAGGAGAAGUACCAAAUAAAGGGAUUUUCAACAAAACAAGUCCACUUUUUAAUUUUUAUAAUGUUGGAAACAAAGAUCUUUGCGGAGGAAAUCCUUUACUACAACUACCUAGCUGCGCAGAAGUUAACAAACAUUUUCCUCUCAAGAGGCUGCUUCUAUUAUUAUCUGGAGUUGUUAUUUCUGUUAUUGUCUUGGGUUCCGUGAGAAAAUUCUUUUCAUGGAAAAAAGCAAGAAAGAAACCUUCUUCUUCUGAUUCAGAUUCACUAAACGGAGAUUCUUCUGAAUCUCCAUUUACUGAUAUGUUUCACAAAGUAUCAUACAAAGAGCUUUUUGUAGCAACGAACGGAUUCUCCGCAAAAAAUAUAGUUGGAGUCGGAGGUUAUGGUUCUGUCUACAUAGGAAUUUUAAUGCUCAGUCAGGAGAUAACAUCAGUUGUUGCAGUGAAAGUACUGGAUCUUCAAAGACGCGGAGCUUUAAAAAGUUUCAAGGCAGAAUGUGAAGCAUUGAGAUGCAUUCGACAUCGCAAUGUUCUGAAGAUAUUGACUUCUUGUUCUAGUAUCGGUUACAAGGGAAAUGAAUUUAAAGCUCUGGUUUAAGAGUACAUGCCUAAUGGGAGUCUUGAGAAUUGGCUGCACCCAACGGCAAAUAAUGGACAACAUCAGAGGUCAACAAACAGGCCAUUGAAAUUUAUUGAAAGACUAAGUAUUGCGAUUGAUGUUGCUUCUGCAUUAGAUUAUCUUCAUCGCCAGUGCCAAACACCAAUAGCUCAUUGUGAUCUAAAGCCAAGCAACGUUUUACUCGACGAGGACAUGAACGGCCAUCUUGGGGAUUUUGGAUCAGCUAAGUUUCUUCAUGGAGUUAUUGUCAAUGUUGAAUCUGGAAAUCAUUGCAGUACUUCAUUAAUUAGGGGCUCGAUUGGGUAUGUUGCACCAGAGUAUGGAAUGGGUAGAGCGGUCUCUACAAAUGGCGACUUAUAUAGCUUUGGGAUCUUGUUGCUAGAGUUGUUUACGGGAAGGAGACCUACAGCCAACAUGUUUAAAGAUGGCCUUACCCUUCAUAGUUUUGCUAAGACGGCUCUUACUAGUGAUAGAUUUAUGCAAAUCGUUGAUCAUACGCUUGUUAUUCUUCAAAAUAACGAUGAUGACUAUGAAAACGUUAUAAUCAAUGGUGAGAAAAAUGCUAAGCUAUGUGAGGCUUUGACAGACAUUAUCGAACUUGGUGUUUCGUGUUCUGCUGAGACGCCCAAAGAACGGAUGGAAAUGAAACUGGUCGUACAGGGGUUGCAAUCAAUAAAGAAUGUGUUUCUCUCUUGAGAAUGGGGAAAAGUACAUUUUGGUUCUAUCUUUAGUCUCUGUUAUUUUCUAUUGUUAUGCUGCCUGGAACGG